CUUGUUUCUUUAUUUAUUUUCGGUGAUUGCAGAUAUGUAUGCAGCAAUCACUCCUGGAUUAUACCCUUUGCACCGUUGUAAAACUCUCCACCUGGUGAGGCAUGCUCAGGGGGUUCAUAAUGUAGCAGCGGAGAAGGAUCCUGCUGCUUAUUUAUCUGAACAAUAUUUUGAUGCCCAGCUCACGCCUCUUGGCUGGAAACAGGUUGAUAAUCUGCGCAAGCAUGUUCUUGAAACUGGGCUUUCGAAGAAAGUGGAUUUGGUCACUGUUUCCACUUCGCUCAGGACUAUGCAAACUGCAGUGGGAGUCUUCGGUGGAGACGAGUAUAAGGAUGGGAUGGAUGUUCUUCCACUAGUGGUGGCAAAUGCAGGGGAAAGUGACCGUCCUGGGAAUUCAAGCCUGAAUUGCCCACCAUUUGUAGCUGUCGAACUUUGUCGAGAACGUUUGGGAGUCCAUCCAUGUGACAGAAGAAGAAGCAUCAGCGAGUAUCAGUCUCUCUUUCAUGCAAUCGAUUUUUCUCUAAUCAAAAGCGAAGAUGAUGUUUUGUGGGUAGCUGGCACCCCAGAAAAGAAGGAAGACGUUGUAGCCAGAGGAAUGCAGUUUCUGAACUGGUUGCGGACGCGUAAGGAGAAGGAAAUCGCCGUCGUUUCACACGGCGGAUUUUUGUACCAUACCUUAAGUGCUUUUGGCCAUGAUUGUCAUCCAUCAAUGAAGACUGAAAUAUGCAAAGACUUUGCGAAUUGUGAGCUCCGGUCUGUCGUUCUUGUUGAUAGAAGUAUGAUGGGAAAGGAUCCUGCAACAUCUAACUAUCCUGGACAAAUCCCUUGCGGCCUUGAUCUUCCGAGUGAUGUUGCUGCUGAGAAACUUUCAGACGAAGGAAAUGCCAAUUAGUUUUAUUCCUGUUUCGAGGGGAGACCAAGCAUGAACAUUCAGUUUGAUAUCCAGAACAUUUAAAUGGAAAUAUGGAUGGCAAUGUUACAUCCUUGUACAAGUUUGUCUUUGGCAGUAACAUCUAUUUUCUUUUGAGCGGUCCGGAACUCCGGAUCCA